GCGAAGGCUCUGGCUUGCGCGACGGUCAACGUGCGCAAGCUUGAGCUCGAGACUGGGCUCCACAGGCGCAGCGGCUCCGAGCUCUGCGCGAUGGCGUCUGCCUGGGGACACCUCACCCCACAGGAGGAGCUAGACUUCAAGUGCUGGAAUACGGCUGGCAACAUCGCUCGCCACAAACGCUGGUCAGCUACGUCGAGGAGCCUUCCAUCUCCGCCGCCCGUCAACCGCGUCGCUUGGGCGGACACCUACGACACGGACUUCCCUGCGUGGGUUCCCGCUGCCGCCGCUGACACCAUCGGCGAGAACAGACCUGCGGCCAGCAGCUUCGAGCCCCGCGUCGGCCCCACAGAGCCGGGUACCCGUUCCAGGUUGCCUGGGUCCUCCUGCCGUUGUGGCUCAAACCCGGCGCUCCCCAGCGAGGCGGCCCUCGAUAGUAUCUUCCACACAUUCGAGAAACGGACCCUCGAUAAGCUGGACGAAAAGCUUCUCGCGGGCUUCGAACUGUUGUCGGUCUCCAACGCCAAGCAGCUGCCCACCCUGUUCGCUACUUCGGUCAAGCCCGUCAUGGAGUUGCAUAUGCAGUUCACGCAGGUGGAGCUGCUGCACGGCGUGCGGCAGAUGAAGCUCACGGUCGCCUCCGUGCCGUUCGCCGAGCAGGUGACGAAGCACGCCGAGUGGCUGAAGCUCAUCGAAGUGGACACCGAAGAGGUGCAGCAGCAUAUCGACUCCAUCGAGAAGCGCGUCCAGUUCUUACAAGACCACGAGCAGUACCCUGACAACCGCGACGGCUCUCCCCAUUGCGACCGCUACUUCGACACCCUGCUGACGCACGUCAAGCGCGAUGACUGCUGCAACGACUUCAUGAAGAUCCUGAACUCGCUGCCCGAGUCGCAUUCUGGCGGCUGGCGCUCUAUUGACUGCCAGCCGCCUGCACCAGGUAUCCACGGCACUGCCGUCACCGACUCGCCCAAUCCGCUGACGCAGUCCGAGACCUUCGACCAGGCCGCCGAUGCGGAGGCGACGCAGUCCGAGACCGACGAGCUGCUCACCCCGAGCGAGACCUACGAGCUGCAGCAGCAUAUCGCGCACGAGCUGGAACCCGACGAGAUAGAGUUCAACUCAGAGCUCGAGCUUGUCGAGCCGACCAAUAAAGUCGACUGCCGCGACGACUUCACGAAGUUUCUGGACUCCAUCGACCUGUGCAUGCCGCAGCCUGAGCUGAAGGCUGCGCAGUCUGAGUUCGACGAGCUGCUCAGGCCGAGCGAGACCAACGAGCUGCAGCAACAGAUCGCUCACGUGCUGGCGCACGAUGAGCUGGAACUCGACGAGCUGCAGCUGCCGCCCGCGCGCGACGAGCUGGACGAGUUUGACGAGCACGCGCUGCAGUCUGAGUUCGGCCAGCUGUUCUCGCCGGGCGAGCUCGACGAGCUCAAGCUGCGUUUCGAGAGUAAGGAGCUCCUGCGCCCCCUUCACUUCUUCAUUGCG